AAAUAGAUAGAUUAGAUAAAGAUAGAACAAAUUGUAGGACACUAAAGCUUAUAUAUUACAGCAGUAGGGAAAUGCAAUCAUUAGGUGAAAGGGAAGGUGCUGCAGAUCAGUAAAACAGUGCUGUGGAUGUAUAUACUGUACUUGUGCUGGAGUAGUAACUGGUGCAAAUUAACACCUUUUUGGUAUGUAAGCAGGCUCACAGGAACUCAGAGCACACUCUGGAUAAUGAUGCUGAAGUGCAAGGACAUGGAAAGGUCUGCCUGACAUUUAUGAAUGACCAGCUGCUAAGGGGGUGCUAUUAGUACUGUACUCCCACGAAGAGCCUGAACUGGAUUUUUUUUAAUCCUCCUUGGGAGACAAACUCAACUAAGCCAUUGAUGAAACAAAGAAUCAAUGCAUGUCUUCUGAUUCUGGGUAUUUAACUAGAGACCUGUCCAUGUUUCAUUGAUUCUUCAUUUGCUGCUGUUGUUCACUGAUUCCUACAUCACAGCGGGGCCACAGGGAUGCUGCAAACUCUGUGGGAGAUACUGUGUGCCUGGUGAAGAAACAUCUUGUUACUUUUUUUUUUUUUGCUUUUCUAAAUGGAUUUAUGUCCAGAAAACUUAUUCCCUUGAAGUGCAUAACUUCAUUUUCUGGCUGCUGUGCAGCAUAUGCUCAGAGCUCAUUUUCACCCUAUUCCGUCCAAGAGGAACUUCAUAUGUCUACAAAAAUGAAUGUCACUAAAGAGACAGACACCAUUACUUGUAACAAUGUUCUAUGGCUCAGCAGUUACUGUGCAAUGGACCCAAACUCGUCUUCUGCAGCUGAGGCCCAGAACCCUUUCCAGCUCCCCACGUUUUCUCCAGCCGCUAAGGCGCGUGUAAUCAUCACUUUUGUCAUAUUUGCCUUGUCGGCCUGCUGCAAUUUGGCAGUGGUGUGGGCCACCUCCAAUACCAGCCACAAAAAGAGGUCUCAUGUUCGGAUCCUCAUACUAAACCUCACUACAGCAGACCUACUGGUGACAUUUAUUGUCAUGCCACUGGAUGCCAUUUGGAAUAUUACCGUGCAGUGGCAAGCGGGAGACAUAGCCUGUCGGAUACUUAUGUUUCUAAAGCUCCUCUCUAUGUACUCUUGUGCUUUUGUCACUGUGGUGAUCAGUGUGGACAGGCAGUCUGCCAUUUUAAACCCACUGGGCAUCAGUGAGGCCAAGAAGAAGAACAAGAUAAUGCUGUCCUUGGCCUGGCUAAUGAGCAUUCUCCUAUCACUGCCACAGCUGUUUCUGUUUCAUACAGUCACCAUCACCGAGCCUCAGAAUUUCACCCAAUGUACCACCAGAGGCAGCUUUCAGGAGCACUGGCAAGAAACUGUCUACAACAUGGUGAGCUUCAUCUGCCUCUUCCUCCUCCCACUGCUGAUCAUGAUUUCCUGCUACUCAAGAAUUCUGAUAGAGAUCUCCAGGCGAAUGAGCAAGGGAGCAUUAUCUUCAAAGAAAGUUUAUCUUCGGCGUUCUAAGAACAACAUCCCCAAAGCUCGCAUGAGAACACUAAAGAUGAGCAUUGUUAUUGUCAGUUCAUUCAUAAUCUGUUGGACACCCUACUAUCUACUGGGCUUAUGGUACUGGUUUUAUCCUAAGGCAAUGGAGGAAAAGGUUUCACAGUCUAUAACCCACAUUCUUUUUAUCUUUGGCCUGGUGAAUGCUUGCUUGGAUCCUAUUACUUAUGGACUAUUCACCAUACAUUUUCGGAAAGGCAUUCAUCGCUACUGUAGAGGUGGUAGGCCCUCAGACUUUGAUUCCAGUUCUUCUGUAACUGGGUCUUUCCGUUGCUCAAUGUCCUCAUUUCGUGCUAAGAAGAUCAUUUUGAACCAGGAAUUACAAGUAAUGCAGGGCUUCAAUGGCUCGUCAAAUAACUCAGUGUUCAGGACAAAUGGACUGAACAGUAGUUGCUUAUAAGAUAAUGGACAAAUGGACAGCAGUAACGUGUUUUCAUAUAGAGAAGCACUAUAUACUUCAUUCAUUUGAACAUUUCCCAAUUUCUGCGGCAUGUCUGUUUAAGCCCCUUUAUUGCAGACUCUUUUUUAAAUUACGGAGGUGCAACUUUUUCCCAUCUUGUGCUAUGAUUUUUUCAUGUAGAUGCAAUGCAAGGUGCAAUAUACUAAUUUGUCCUGAUCUCUGAGGCAGAUCCUUAGGUUGAUUUGGCAACAUUCAUGGUAGGCUAAUAGAACAGAUUAUUGGUCAGCAAUUCCGAUUUGAAAAUCAAACAGUUUGAGGCCCACACUUGGAUCAGUAGUUUGGUUAUUUAACUCUAGUUAAAUGUAUGGCCUAAAACAUGAAUGAAGAUUGUAAAUGGGUAUAUGUAACUUAUUGUUAAAGAUAUAGAUAUGUGGGAUUUUUUUAAAAAAAAAAAAAGUAUUACAAUAAGCAGACAUUCAUAUUAAAGGGCAGUUUGCUAACCCCUUUGAAAGCAGAUAUUAUA